AGAUCCUGGUGCCCGCCAUGGGCUGGGCCCCGGCCGAGCUCGUCAUGUCCAGGUGCAUCCCGCUCUGGGUGGGCGCCCGCGGCAUCGAAUUUGACUGGAAGUACGUCCAGAUGAGCAUCGACUCCAACAUCAGCCUGGUGCACUACGUGGCAGUGGCGGCGCUGGUCUGGAUGUUCUCACGCUACGACCUCCCAGCACGGCUGCGCCUGCCCCUGGCUGCACUGCUGGGCCUCAGCCUCUACAAGGCCUUCCUGCUGGAGGUGGCAGUGCACGUGCUGGCGCUAGGCCCGUGGGCGGCGCUGGGGGCCAAGGCAGGGCUCAGCGCCCUGCUUGGCCUCGGUGCCCUCGGCCUCUUCGUUGCCCUCGGCCACGGGCCCUGACCCCCGACCUCUGACCCCAGACGGAUGCAUGGAUGCACCAAUAAACCCCUUGCCCGUG